CUACAAUAUCCAUGCUUGCGUGGUUGCUGCAUCCGUAUUUGGUCUGUAGAGUGAAGCUUGUAUGUCGCACCAGUAACUAUAGAGAAAAUUCAAUACUUUAUAAAGUACUGUGAUUUAUUUUUCAAAGUAGUACGAGUAUAUAAAAUAAACAAAAUGUCACAAGUAUCAUUAACGGAGCAACCGCAUAUGCAGCAAGUCGACUUGACUCAACUUAAUUUGGCACAACUUACGCAGUUGAAGCAGCAAUUGGACCAAGAACUUUCGGUGUUUCAAGAUUCUUUGACUCGUUUGAAAAUUGCUCAAGGAAAAUACCAAGAAUCAAAUGAAUCUUUGGACAAAUUCACACCAGAAGCUGAAGGAAAAGAUAUCCUAGUUCCUUUAACUGGUUCCAUGUAUGUACCUGGUAAACUUAUCAACACAUCUAAAGUUGUCAUCGAUGUUGGUACAGGAUACUAUACAGAACAGUAUAUUGCAGAUGCCAAAGAGUACUUCAAAAGGCGCAUUAACUACGUUACGGAGCAAAUUAUGAAAAUUCAAGCAAUGGGACAAGAAAAAAGUAAAAUAAGGGAGGCAAUGAUGGACGUCAUGGAAAUGAAACUUCAAAGUGCACAAAAAGAAAUGGCUGAAAAAGCAUGAGUCUUGCAAAAUGAUGUGUGAUCUAACAAUAAAAAGCUAAAUAACAUCUAUGAAAAGAUCAAGAGCCUUGACAAAAAAACAAUAACUGUGAACAAUAAAUAAGUGACUUAAAUCUCUAUGCUAUGACCAGUCAUAGUAUUGUAAUGUGUUAAUAUAAAAAGAAAGAUGACAACGCUCUAGCAUAAAAUGUUUAUUAACUCAUGAAAUUGUUACUUUAUUAUCUUCAUUUCUUAUGUAAGAUAUUAUUAGUGUUACUUUAACUUUCAGGUCAACUCAAAAAAUUGUUAAACAUCUGUAGAUCUCAUUAACGAUCUAUAUAAUAGACUACAAAAAAUUCUCUUGAAUUAUGUGUUUCAUACUGCAUUUUAUUUCAACAAAUGUGCAAGGCAUGUGACAUUUG